UCUACCCCCUCCAAUCCACAGACACGUUUUGUAAAGCUCUAUGGUUGUGCAGACAUUACUGUAUCAGUGGAUCUCAAAAUAUUAGACAGUCUCGCGUUUAUAGUAUUUUUUGUAAUUUUAUUGCUCCUGAUUUUACUUUAUCAAAAUGUCCGAGGACAGCGGCAAAAAGCUCACCAUGGUAACAUGCAGUGCGCCUGUGAAUAUCGCUGUCAUCAAAUACUGGGGGAAGAGGGAUGAGGAGUUGAUUCUACCUAUAAAUUCAUCUUUGAGUGUCACAUUACAUCAAGACCAGCUCAAAACAACCACAACAGUGGCGUGCAGCAGGUCGUUCCAGGAGGAUCGUAUCUGGCUCAACGGCAAAGAGGAGGACAUAACCCAGCCCAGACUACAGUCCUGCCUUAGGGAGAUUCGGCGCCUGGCCCGUAAGCGACGUAGUGAUGGGGAGGCUGAUGUAGACACGGCCGGUUUGUCCCAUAAAGUCCACAUCUGCUCUGUCAACAACUUCCCAACUGCAGCCGGACUUGCCUCCUCUGCUGCCGGCUAUGCCUGUCUGGUGUACACCCUGUCCCGGGUUAUGGGAGUGGAGGGGGAGUUGUCUGUGGUUUCUAGGCAGGGUUCAGGCAGUGCCUGUAGGAGUAUGUAUGGGGGCUUCGUCCAGUGGAUUAUGGGCCAGCAAGGAGAUGGCAAGGACAGUCUGGCCCAGCAGGUGGAGCCAGAGACUCACUGGCCUGAGCUCAGGGUCCUUGUACUGGUGGUCAGUGCUGAGCGGAAACCAGUUGGCAGCACUUCCGGCAUGCAAACUAGUGUAGAGACGAGCAGUCUCCUGAAGCACCGGGCAGACUCUGUGGUCCCAGCCAGGAUGAAGGAGAUGAUUGAGGCUGUACAUAAGAGGGACUUUACUGCGUUCGCUGAGCUGACCAUGAAGGAUAGCAAUCAGUUCCAUGCCACCUGCCUGGACACCUACCCACCGAUCUUCUACCUCAACGACGUGUCGCGCCGUGUUAUCAACCUUGUGCACCGCUAUAACCGUCACUACAGGGAAACAAAGGUGGCAUACACGUUUGAUGCAGGUCCCAAUGCAGUGAUCUACACUCUUCAGCAGAAUGUGGAAGAGUUUGUCCAGGUGGUCAAACACUUAUUCCCACCAGAGACCAACGGAGGACAGUUUCUAAAGGGUCUUCCGGUUGCCCCAACAACACUAUCUGAGGAGCUGAAGCAGGCCAUUGGUAUGGAGCCCAUGGUGAAGGGAAUCAGCUAUAUAAUCAGCACCAAGGCUGGACCUGGACCUCGCGUGGUGGAGGACCCUAGUGAGCAUUUGCUUGGAUCUGACGGGCUGCCCAAGGAGAGUGCAUGAUACAAGCCAGCCUCCCAGCUGGGCAGAGACAGAACUCUUUGGUGAAAAGAAAGACCAGACAUAUUAACAAACAACAAUUCCAAUUCAAUCAAUUGGAUACAAAUGCAAAGACUUAUUCAUUGAAGGGGCAAUCUGCAGUUGCUAUAUCAAUUUUUGGACUUAUAAAUUAAUUAUAUGAAACCAUUGAUUCUUGAAGAAUAUAACUUGUAAAUACCUCAUGAGCUUAGUUAAACUGUCAUACCCCAUCAGAACUCAAAAUAUCAGCUUGUUUUACUACAAUGUUUGUAAACAAAGUAAAUAUAACCAUGUUUUAAAUGUU